AGUUGAGUUUAGCUCAUCAACAUGUUGAAGUUCGUAAUUUUAUUGUCUGCUGUCGCCUGCUGCUUCGCAGCCACCAUUCCUGAGGGUAUGGUCCCUCAAGAGGCUGGCCGUAUUGUUGGCGGUGUUGCUACCACCAUCAACUCCUUCCCCUGGCAAAUCUCUUUGCAACGUUCCGGUUCUCACUCGUGCGGUGGUUCCGUCUACUCGAACAGAAUCAUUGUCACCGCUGCCCAUUGUUUGCAAUCCGUUUCCACCUCUGUCUUGAAGGUUCGUGCCGGUUCUUCCUACUGGAACUCUGGUGGUGUUUUGGUCUCUGUUGCCGCUUUCAAGAACCACGAAGGUUACAACUCCAACACCAAGGUUAACGAUAUCGCUGUCAUCCGUUUGGGUUCCACCUUGACCAUGAGCUCCACCAUCAAGGCUAUCGGUUUGGCUACCACUGCCCCACCAAAUGGUGCUGCUGCUACAGUUUCUGGCUGGGGUACUACUUCCUUCGGUGGUUCCGUUCCCGCUCAAUUGCGUUAUGUUGACCUUAAGAUUGUUGGCCGUACCCAAUGUGCUUCCUCUACCUAUGGUUAUGGUGAUAAGAUCAAGGCCAGCAUGAUCUGUGCCUAUACUGUCGGUAAGGACUCUUGCCAAGGUGAUUCCGGCGGUCCAUUGGUAUCUGGUGGUGUUUUGGUUGGUGUUGUCUCCUGGGGUAAUGGUUGUGCCUACACCAACUACCCUGGUGUCUAUGCUGAUGUUGCUGCCCUCCGCUCGUGGGUUAUCAACACUGCUAACUCUAUUUAAAUAGAAUUACGAACUUCAAAUAAA